CCAUCAAUCAUCAUACUGCACUAGAAGCAACAUCGAAGAAUCCCAGGACAAAAAGUUGGAACAAAACCUUAAUUUUGUUCCAAUCAGAAGUCUGUCUUCUCUCCUGUCUUCUCUCAUCCAAUCAGAAGUCUGUCUCCUCUCUCUGCAACAAAGACAACGCCACCUCAGGCGAACCGAAAAAACUAUCAGACAACCACCAUUUUGAUCCUCUCGACGUCACGAGCUCGAACCCGAGCUCCGUUUCGCAGGGAACUGUGCACGGAGGCCCCAUUUCGGAGCUCCGAAUCGGACUAAGCUUUCCGAUCGCCCACGGUGGUUUCCCAACGAAGGGACUGUGGACUGAGAUAACAAACUGAAGAGUUUGCAUCCGAACUGGAAGUCUGACUCGGUCUAACAAAGAGUGAUCGAAGGAGGAAGACACCCUGGAGCUCCGGUGAGUUUUGUCUGAUUCAAAUCCAAGGGCCAGAAUGGGAAAUUACUCUGACAUGCAACCUGAAGAUGCAUUAAGUUUAUGGAGUGGAGAGGAAACUCAAAAACCACACGAAUCUUUGGAUCAAAAAUACUGGAAGAAAAUAUUCCUAGCGUUGUGUUUGUGCGCUGUCUUAAUUGAUCCAUUGUUCCUCUACAUUCCAAUUCUGAAGGAUGAUUUCAAGUGCCUUAUGUUAGACCCAAAGUUGAAGAUAAGAGUUCUUCUCUCAAGAUCAGUCAUAGAUUUUUUCUAUUUAAUGGACAUUAUUAUUCGAAUUUAUAGAUCUGAAAACUAUUCGAGUUUAAAUAAUGAACCUAACCGCAGACAACACCAGAUGAAGUUCAAUUUCGUAUUGAAAUUUUGUGUGCCAAGAAUAGCCAAGACGAUAUGGGCAUCAAAUGAUAUCUUGAUUGACAUUGUAGCUCUUCUUCCCCUUCCACAGGUGGCAAUUCUCAUUUUCUUCUCAAAAAUGAGUGACUUGAGAUCUUUGACUACAACAAGGAUGGUUUUUAUGAACAUGUUUGCUUUAUUGCAAUAUAUACCACGAGUUUUUCGCAUCUACCUCUCGUCUAUGGAACUUAAAAAGACUCAUGAAGAAGAGAUUAGUGAGACUCCUAUAUGGAUUAAAGGUGUACUCAAUUUUUGUAUGUACAUUAUUGCUAGUCAUGUAGUCGGAGCCCUGUGGUAUUUUUUUGCUAUACAACGAAUGAUGAUGUGCUGGCAUUCUGCAUGUCUCAAAAAUGAUGGAUGUGAUAAUAGAUUUUUUGGUUGUCAUGAUCACCACGCAUUUAGAAAUACCACAAUUCUAAAUGAUUUAUGCUCUGUCAGUGACAAUUCAUCAGACACAAUGCUCUUCAGUUUUGGUAUAUUUGCUACUGUGCUUCAAUAUGGUGUUGUAGGAUCAACCAAUUAUUUCCAAAAGUUCUUGAACUAUUUUUGGUGGGGUUUACGAAAUUUAAGUUCCCUUGGUUCAAAUCUUGAGCCCAGUGUAGAUGGAUGGGAGAACCUCUAUACAGUUUUUAUUUCUAUAACUGGCUUGCUCCUGUUUUUAUAUCUCAUUGGAAAUUUGCAGGUUUGUUUAAAAAACUUUUCUUACACUUAUCAUUAAGUGCUAAUUAAUUACUCUAACAACGUAAACUUGAUCUAUGAAGAUUUUGAUAUCCAUUAAAUUCACUCUAACCAACCUAAUAUAUGUUAAGUAUUCUUGAACUAAUUAUAUGUUAAGUAUGAAUUUUUUCCUCACUAAAUUUGAAUGCCAUGUAUAAGAAAUUUUUACUUGUAACAAGAAUACUUGUCACGUAAUGUAUU